CCCGAAUUGUUGUUGUUGUUGUUGUUGUCUCUCUCUUUUUCUCCCUCGUCUCUGUAGCUCCAAGAAAUUGAUGAAAACAAACAAGUUUGCAAUCAGAUUCUUGUGCUACGGAGUAAAAAUGAAAGAAGAAGUGAUGCAUGAUGGUGAUCUUGAUCUCUCCUUAUCCUGUCAUCAUUGUUAUAUAAAGUUCUUCUUAGAGUGCACUACUGUGCGCUUGGCCACUUAUUGCUAGCACGUUGAAUGAUAGAUAAGGGCAAGGAUGACAUGAUUACUUACAGAGACAAGCUGCUUAAAUCAUCCAUCCUCUACCCUCCCAUCCCGAUCCGCUCCUGUCUUUUUAGCUUGCAGGACACAAAUAAAGAAAAGGUCUGAACUGCGAAGAAAUAAAAAAAAAAAGAGCCGUUGAGGCAAAAAAUCUCUG